UAAGAGUGGAUAAAGGGGAAAUUAUAGGGAUGGGGAAAAAGAGGGAAAAGUGGAGCAAAAUAUGGUAGUGAAGGCCACAUAUAGAGAGAGACAUACCCCUCCCCUCAUUCUCAUUCAUUCUUUGCUUCCACAAAGCCUUUUCUUAUGAUAUAAAAUAACAUCAAUGUUUUCUUGCUAGAAUUUCCACUUUGCUUCUUGUCUAAACAUAAACAUAGAUAUAAUUUGUUGAUCAAUCAGAUUAUGAUGUCAGCGUCAUCAUCAUCGGGAUCAGAGGAAGAAGAAGAGGGGAUAGAAUCAUACAGAAAAGGAGGAUAUCAUGCAGUGAGAAUGGGGGAUUCAUUUAGGGGAGGCAGAUAUAUCGCUCAGCGUAAACUCGGUUGGGGUGAAUUCUCCACCGUGUGGCUCGCUUAUGAUACCACUUCUUCCGAAUAUGUAGCCUUGAAGAUCCAGAAAAGUGCGCCACAAUUUGCUCAAGCUGCUCUUCACGAAAUUGAAGUCCUUUCUGCUAUUGCCGACAGUGAUCCCUCUAAUAGUAAAUAUGUUGUUAGACUUGUUGACCAUUUUAAGCAUACAGGCCCAAAUGGACAGCAUCCGUGCAUGGUCCUUGAAUUUCUUGGUGACAGCUUAUUGCGCCUAGUCAAAUAUAAUCAUUAUAAAGGCCUUGAACUGGACAAAGUUAGGGAAAUAUGCAAGUGCAUUCUAACUGGUCUAGAUUAUUUGCACAGGGAACUGGGAAUUAUUCAUACAGACCUAAAACUUGAAAAUGUUCUUUUACUUUCCACGAUUAAUGCCACAAAGGAUCCAAUUAGAUCGGGGACAACACCCAUACUUGAAAGGCCUGAAGGGAUCCCAAAUGGAGGAGCAACAAUGAAUAUUAUUGAGAAAAGGUUAAAACAAAGGGCAAGGAGGGCAGCAGCCAGGAUAUCUGGCAGACGAGCUUCAAUGGGUGGCGUGAGAGGAGGUGUGAAAACAAAUAGAAGUCUUGAUGGGAUUGACUUGAGAUGCAAGGUUGUGGAUUUUGGAAAUGCAUGCUGGGCUGACAAGCAGUUUGCACAAGAAAUUCAGACCCGCCAGUAUAGAUCUCCAGAAGUUAUACUUCAGUCUGGAUAUUCAUUCUCUGGUGACAUGUGGUCUUUUGCUUGUAUUGCAUUUGAGCUUGCUACUGGUGAGAUGAUGUUCACCCCCAAAGGUGGACAAGGUUUCAGUGAAGAUGAGGAUCACCUUGCUAUGAUGAUGGAGCUCCUAGGAAAGAUACCUCGGAAGAUAGCCAAUGGUGGGGCUCGAUCUAAAGAUUACUUUGACAGAUAUGGAGAUUUGAAGAGGAUCCGGAGGCUGAAGUAUGGGUCUUUACAAAAAUUACUUAUUGAUAAGUUCAGAUUUUCUGAAAAUGAUGCCCAUGAAUUUACCAAAUUUCUUGGUCCCCUUCUUGAUUUUGAGCCAGAGAAUAGACCAACUGCUCAGCAGUGCUUGCAACACCCAUGGCUCAACAUUAAAAGUCUAAACCAAACAGAGGUGAAGAGUGAAUCUGGUAUGGAAAAGGUUAAUGCUGGGAUGAGAAACCUACAAAUGAAGGCUGGUAAGUGAUGUAUGAAUGUGAAUGGAUGGUCUUCCCCUUGCAGCACCUCUCCAUUACCCUCUCUCCCCUGUAUCAGAUUACUUGUGACUUGAGGUUAAUAGAUUCAAGUCAUUGGUUAGACUUAGAUGUAUUAUUUUUGAUUGAUUACCAAAACGAAACGACCUCCAAAAGGAAAAAUUGGCAUCAGUCCUGAAAUAUUCCUAGGUGAAGCUUCCACUUGUUUUAAUGAUGUUGACAUUCGCCAAAGAGAUGAUCCUUCAUUCCGCGAACAAAUAAGUUACCAUGUUCUUUUGAAGGCCUGAGGGAACAAAGCAAGCUAUAGUAUAUGGCAUCAUCUGAACUCAGCAUUGUCUAUCUAGGAAAGAAUCUUUAGCAGCCUGUAGAGAACAUUAAUGGGAACCUCUUGAUAUGGAGUGUGUUCUGUACAUUAAACAUUGAAAGAAUUGGAUUCUGUGGAGGAAGUUUAUUCUCCGUUUCUGCGGGUAGGAGUGACAAGAGAAGCUACAGCCCCCAUUUUUUUCUUUCUUUCGAUUUUAACUCAGGUUGAGGUCUUUGUAACAACUGAUAUGUAAUUUUUUUGUAUACAUCACUCUGAAAAUAUUAGUUGCCACUAAAUUUUUACAAAGAACCUUCCCUUUUUGUCU